ACGGUCUGAAAUAAAAUGCAGAGAUACAUUGCAGCGAGACUCUGCAAAGCCGACCAAUCACAGAGCCGGGCCUGGCCGCGACAGCCAAUGGGAGGCGAGAGCGGGAGGAGCCAACGGCAGUUACACACCUACGUUACUUUUAGCCAAGCACACAGCGGGAGCAUCAGGGCUGCGAGCGAGUCGAGUUUCUCUCCGUGUCAAGAAAUCUACACACAAAGAAGAUCCAGCAUGUCGGACAGAAAGGCCGUGAUCAAGAAUGCGGACAUGUCUGAGGAGAUGCAGCAGGACGCUGUGGAGUGUGCAACACAGGCGCUCGAGAAGUACAACAUCGAGAAGGACAUCGCCGCCUACAUCAAGAAGGAGUUUGACAAAAAGUACAACCCCACCUGGCAUUGCAUCGUGGGGAGGAACUUCGGCAGCUACGUGACUCACGAGACCAAACAUUUCAUCUACUUCUACUUGGGUCAGGUGGCCAUCCUGCUCUUCAAAUCGGGCUGAGCGACGGCACCCAUUCAUUAUGAACUGACUGUACUGACGAGGCGAACCAUUCCUGCACUGGGACCUGCCUUCUUCUCUCGGCUGCUUCUGCUGUUGUUCUGAUUAUUGUUUAGAAAAAGCCUGUGUGAGAGGGAAAUGCCAUAAAGAAACUUGUAUUUAUUUUUGUUUUCUAUACACGGUUUGAGCGUUUUAUGUCACCUGUGUUUUUUUAAUUAAAGCGAAAUGGUUUGGCUGUU